GGCGGGAGGGCGCCGAGACCUCCGCACCCCUCACCCCAACCCCAAGCCCAGGCAUGCACGCCCGACCGGCCGCUCGGGGUCCCGGAAACACUCCGGGCCCCCGGGCCGGGCCAGCCACCAGAGAAACGUCGGAGAACAAUUGAGGAUUUCAACAAAUUUUGCAGUUUUGUUUUGGCCUAUGCAGGUUACAUUCCCCCUAGCAAGGAGGAAAGUGACUGGCCAGCCUCCGGCUCCAGCUCUCCAUUGCGAGGUGAGAGUGCGGCAGAUAGCGAUGGCUGGGACUCAGCCCCCUCAGAUCUCAGAACCAUCCAGACCUUUGUUAAGAAAGCAAAGUCAUCCAAGAGAAGGGCGGCUCAAGCAGGAGGGGGGACAAGCUUUGGGGUACUUCGGAGGCCCCGCCCAGCCCCUGGGGAUGGGGAAAAGAGGUCUCGAAUCAAGAAGAGCAAGAAGCGGAAGUUGAAAAAGGCAGAACAGGGGGAUAGACUCCCACCUCCUGGGCCUCCCCGGGCACCCCCCAGCGAUACAGACUCUGAAGAGGAGGAGGAGGAAGAGGAGGAGGAGGAGGAGGAGGAAGAGAUGGCAGCAGUGGUAGGAGGGGAAGCCCCAGCCCCUGUGCUACCAACACCUGAGGCUCCUAGACCCCCUGCCACAGUGCACCCCGAAGGAGCCCCUCCCACUGACGGUGAAAGCAAGGAGGUGGGCAGCACUGAAACAAGCCAAGAUGGAGAUGCCAGCUCCAGUGAAGGCGAGAUGCGGGUCAUGGAUGAGGACAUCAUGGUAGAAUCAGGUGAUGAUUCAUGGGAUCUGAUCACGUGUUACUGCCGAAAGCCCUUUGCAGGCCGGCCCAUGAUUGAGUGCAGCCUGUGUGGGACGUGGAUCCACCUCUCCUGUGCUAAGAUUAAGAAGACCAAUGUCCCUGACUUCUUUUACUGCCAGAAAUGCAAGGAACUGCGGCCAGAGGCCCGGCGAUUAGGGGGGCCUCCGAAAUCUGGAGAACCCUGA